AUGGACGUGGAGGAAACUGGGAGGUUGGUGGAUUUAGACCCAGAUAUGUUGCAGCUUCAAGAGGUGUCUCCUCUUGCACUGAAAUCGAAUCUCUAUGUUGCUGAGGAGCUAUACUCGCAGUGGCUUUCACUUCCAGAUACUUGUCGCCUGAUUAAGUCAUUGCUUGCUGACGCAAAAGCUGGAGUUCCCUUUAGUGCACCCGAGAGCUCAACAAGUACAAAUGCUCUUUCAAUCAACCCAUUACCUUCCUUAUUUCCUGCUGGGAGUACACCGCCACUUUCACCACGCAGUUCAUCUGGUUCGCCACGGACCACGAAGCAGAGAACUAGCCCUUCUUCAUUAGGUUCUCCACUAAAAGUAGUCCGUGAAUCUGUUAGGGAAAUCAUUCCUCAGUUCUACUUCAAAAAUGGCCGUCCACCUCCAAAUGAAAUGAAAGACCAUUUCAUGUUUCAAGUUGAUAAUCGAUUUUACAGUCAUAUGGAUGGUUUGCAAUUACUUGAAUUCAAGUCUUUUACGAAAGAGAUAUGCAAAAUUCCCUCGUUUUUCUCCACCAUUCUUUUCAAAAAGAUUGAUGUCAAUUUUACAGGAACCAUAACAAGGGAUCAAUUUAUUGACUAUUGGAUUCGAGGCAACAUGUUAGCUAAGGAUUUACCGACACAAAUAUACACCUUACUGAAGCAGCCACAUCAAGCAUACCUUGUACAGGAUGAUUUCAAACCUAUCUUGAGGGAACUAUUGUCCUCUCAUCCUGGAUUGGAGUUUUUGCAAAGCACACCUGAAUUUCAGGAGCGAUAUGCCGAGACUGUCAUAUAUAGAAUAUUUUACUACAUGAAUAGAUCUGGAAAUGGCCGACUUACUCUCAGGGAGUUGAAACGUGGGAACCUAAUUGAUGCCAUGCUGCACGUAGAUGAAGAAGAGGAUAUUAAUAAAGUUCUGAGGUACUUCUCCUAUGAACAUUUCUACGUCGUUUACUGCAAAUUUUGGGAGCUCGACACAGAUCACGACUUUUUCAUUGACAGAGAAAACCUUAUUAAAUAUGGGAACCAUUCUCUUACAUAUCGGAUUGUUGAUAGAAUUUUUUCUCAGGUUCCGCGGAAAUUUAGUAGUAAAGUUGAAGGAAAGAUGAACUACGAAGAUUUUGUUCAUUUCAUACUUGCAGAGGAAGAUAAGUCAUCUGAACCUAGUCUGGAAUACUGGUUCAGAUGCAUCGAUUUAGAUGGAAAUGGAGUGUUGACACCAAAUGAAAUGCUGUUCUUUUACGAGGAGCAGCUGCACCGGAUGGAAUGCAUGGCCCAAGAGCCGGUGCUCUUCGAAGAUAUCUUAUGUCAGAUUGUUGAUAUGAUUGGACCCGAGAAUGAAGGAUAUAUCACAUUACGAGAUGUGAAAAGCAGCAAACUUUCUGGAAAUGUUUUCAACAUUCUUUUCAAUCUCAACAAGUUCAUCGCGUUUGAAUCUCGUGAUCCAUAUCUUAUACGUCAGGAACGCGAGGAUCCAAAUAUGACAGAGUGGGACCGGUUUGCACACAGGGAGUAUAUUAGGCUUUCUGUGGAAGAAGAUGGGGAAGACAUGUCUAAUGCCAGUGGAGAUGUCUGGGAAGAAUCACUUGAGGCCCCUUUCUGA